CAGGCUGAGAAGGGUUUGACACGAGAAAGGGACCGUGGAGAGGUCUGGAAGCAGCAUGUACACACCCAUCCCUCAGAGCGGCUCUCCGUUCCCAGCCUCAGUCCAAGACCCAGGCCUACACAUAUGGCGUGUGGAGAAGCUGAAGCCGGUGCCCAUAGCGCGCGAGAACCAUGGCAUCUUCUUCUCUGGGGAUUCCUACCUCGUGCUACACAACGGCCCAGAAGAGGUCUCCCAUUUGCACCUGUGGCUAGGCCAGCAGUCAUCCCGGGAUGAGCAGGGAGCCUGUGCUGUGCUGGCUGUGCACCUUAACACCCUGCUUGGGGAGCGGCCUGUGCAGCACCGUGAGGUUCAAGGGAAUGAGUCUGACCUCUUCAUGAGCUACUUCCCCCGUGGCCUCAAGUACCAGGAAGGCGGUGUGGAAUCCGCAUUUCACAAGACAAGCCCGGGAGCCACCCCAGCAGCCACCAAGAAGCUCUACCAGGUUAAGGGGAAGAAGAACAUUCGUGCCACUGAGAGGACGCUGAGCUGGGACAGCUUCAACACCGGGGACUGCUUCAUCCUGGACCUGGGUCAGAAUAUCUUCGCCUGGUGUGGUGGCAAGUCCAACAUCUUGGAACGUAACAAGGCAAGGGACCUGGCCCUGGCCAUCAGGGACAGCAAGCGGCAGGGCAAGGCCCAGGUGGAAAUUGUCACCGAUGGAGAGGAGCCAGCCGAGAUGAUUCAGGUUCUGGGCCCCAAGCCUGCUCUGAAGGAGGGCAACCCUGAGGAAGACCUCACAGCUGACCAGACCAACGCCCAAGCCGCGGCCCUGUAUAAGGUCUCUGAUGCCACUGGACAGAUGAAUCUGACUAAGGUGGCGGACUCCAGUCCCUUUGCCUCUGAACUGCUGAUUCCAGAUGACUGCUUUGUUCUGGACAACGGGCCUUGUGGCAAAAUCUACAUCUGGAAGGGGCGAAAAGCUAAUGAGAAAGAGCGGCAGGCAGCCCUCCAAGUGGCCGAUGGCUUCAUCUCUCGGAUGAGAUAUUCCCCAAACACUCAGGUGGAGAUUCUGCCCCAGGGCCGAGAGAGCCCCAUCUUCAAGCAAUUCUUCAAGACCUGGAAGUGAGGGCGCCGGCCCCCAGCCCUGCCCUCCUGCCC